UCCUCUACAACUGGUUUGCUAGGACUUGCAGAAGUAGUUGGGGGAACGCGUAUUUACCCAGAGGACGAUUGUGGGAGGGUGAAGAAAAAAGGGGCGGCAAGAACGGGUACACUUACACACCCAUCCAUCCACCUACUCAUUCUCAAGCGCCCAGGCCUUAGUAUCCGGCAAGGAGAUAAGUAGGGGAGUACUAAGCGGGGGCUAGUCGCCGUCUCUGAGGUAGCUCGAGGAAAAGUAGAGGAUUCAACUCUGCAGAGGGGCGGGGGCGACAACACGCCUCCUGGAACCGUCUUGAAAAGAGCCGGGAGCCGGACAAGGAAAAUUUACCGCCGUUCUCGCCGCGGAACGUUUGGCAGCGUGGCGCUACUGGGUCUCCCGCAGGACAGCGGACCGUAUCCUCUGCGCACGCGCGCUGGCUCCAGCAGAUGGGCGUGUAGUCAUAGACCUGGCAUUUUAAAUGAUUGAGUGAAGAUGGAAAUGGAUUCAAAUUAUACAUGACUUCUCUAUCAAAGCAAUAGAAGAUUCUUUACAUCACCUUACAGUAGCUCAAUUCAGUUUUGGGAAAGAGCAGAACAAGUGAAAUACAGAAAAUUGAAGAGAAGAAAACCUCAUUUUGGAACUGUCUUUCUCCUUGACUACUGCUUACUCACUGUCUUUCUCCUUAUUUUACCUUUGCUCUGAAUUUAUAAAUAAAGACCAAAGCAAUAGAAUAUACCUUUAGGAGCUUUAUACCAAGAAAUUUGCCUUGAAAGCUGCUAUUCCAUGGUGGGAAAAGUAUAACAAGUUCUUAUCUGAUUUUUUUCCUUUUCAGACGGUAUUUCUAAUCUCCUUAGAUUUUGUAGGAGAAGACAAAUAUAAAUACAUAUCUGCACAUUAUUUUUAGCAGUUGUGUGCGUAAGAAUAAUGAGAUUUAUAUUUUAAGGGCUUUGUCAUGUGGAUGUUUUACCACUGAAGUUGAUUCCUCAGAGUAUCUUUUAUAGUAGGACUUUAAUAUUGUUGAUCUAUUACCUUGAUGACAUUAGUUGCCCACACUUGAGCCCAUCUGUCUUUCUAGCUAUGACUUGGUUAUGAGCAGUGUUUGGACUCACUGUGCAAAUGUCCAUGUAUCACCUAAUUAAGCAUCAUCAUAGUGCCAAACUGAAGGAAGUUGAAUGAGGUGAACGUAGACAUAGCUCUUUCCCCUUCCCCCUUUUUUAAAUGUAACAAAUACUUUUUAUGUUCCCCUUCCCCUUUCCCCCUUCCCCUUUCCCCCUUUUGGAAACGUGUUAGUAGUUUAAGACCAGCAAUUGAGGGACUGAGAAAGUGAACCACACAGAAGCUGGCUUCUUUGUGUUUCAUCUCAAGCUGUGCUGCUGGUUAGGUUACUUUAAGCACACGUUUAACAAGGAAACCUCGCGGAAAAUCCAGCUGGCAGACUCAAGGAGUUCAGGAAACAGGACCACAGAGGUUAUACUCUGGGAUCCUGGACAUGAGGUUGGAUGCCUCACCUUAUUGAAAAAGAGACACUGGACCUAAAUGGCGCAGCAUGAUUUUGUUCCUGCUUGGCUAAAUUUCUCAACACCACAGUCAACUAAGUCCCCUACUGCCACCUUUGAAAAACACGGAGAGCACCUAUCCCGGGGAGAAGGUAGAUUUGGAGUGAGCCGUCGUCGACAUAAUUCCUCUGAUGGCUUUUUUAACAAUGGAUCCCUACGAACUACAGGAGAUUCCUGGCACCAGCCCUCCCUGUUCCGCCAUGAUUCUUCAGACUCUAGUGUCUCAAAGGGAGCAUAUGCUGGAAUCCCAGGGAACCCGUCUGGUUGGCAUGGCUCUUCCCGAGGUCAUGAUUGCAUGAGCCAGCGUAGUGGAGGUGGCGUGGGGAACCAUCGCCAUUGGAAUGGCAGCUUCCAUUCUCGUAAAGGCUGCUCCUUUCAGGAAAGGCCACCUACGGAGAUUAGGGAAGAAAAGAAAGAAGACAAGGUGGAAAAGUUGCAGUUUGAAGAAGACGACUUUCCUUCUUUGAAUCCAGAAGCUGGCAAACAGAAUCAGCCAUGCAGACCUUUUGGGACGCCUUCUGGAGUGUGGGAAAACCCACCUAGUGCCAAGCAACCCUCCAAAAUGCUAGUUAUCAAAAAAGUUUCCAAAGAGGAUCCUGCUGCUGCCUUCUCUGCUGCAUUCACCUCACCAGGAUCUCACCAUGCAAAUGGGAACAAAUCGUUAUCCAUAGUUCCAAGUGUCUAUAAGAACCUGGUUCCCAAGCCUGUACCACCUCCUUCUAAGCCCAGUACAUGGAAAGCUAACAGAAUGGAACACAAAUCAGGAUCCCUUUCCUCUAGCCGGGAGUGUGUUUUUAGCAGUCCAAUCUCUGUCACUAAACCAGUGCCACUGGCUGCUGGUGCAGUUCUGAGUUCUCCCAAAGAGAGUCCUUCCAGCACCACCCCUCCAAUUGAGAUCAGCUCUUCUCGUCUGACGAAGUUGACCCGUCGAACCACUGACAGGAAGAGUGAAUUCCUGAAGACUCUGAAGGAUGGCCGGAAUGGAGAUUUCUCAGACAACAGAGACUGUGAUAAGCUGGAGGAUUUGGAGGAUGAUAGCACACCCGAACCAAAGCAAAAUGGAGAGGAAGGCUGUCAUCAAAAUGGUCUUGCUCUCCCCAUACUGGAAGAAGGGGAGGUUCUCUCACACUCUCUGGAAGCAGAGCACAGGUUAUUGAAAGCAAUGGGAUGGCAGGAAUAUCCUGAAAAUGAUGAGAAUUGCCUUCCCCUCACAGAAGAUGAGCUCAAAGAAUUCCACAUGAAGACAGAGCAGCUGAAAAGAAAUGGCUUUGGAAAGAAUGGCAUUUUGCAGAGCCGCAGUUCCAGCCUGUUCUCCCCUUGGAGAAGCACUUGUAAAGCAGAGUUUGAGGAUUCAGACACAGAAACCAGUAGCAGUGAAACAUCAGAUGACGAUGCCUGGAAAUAAGCAUAUAACGAUGCUCGCAGUAAAAUCUGACCCAGUAAACUCUGUUUAGGGAGUACACAAAAGAAAUUGUUCUUUUCCUUU